CUGUUCCUAUCUGCUCUGUUCACGCACAGUAAGCAGUUGAUGAACACGUGCGUUUGACUACCCUGUUCAUUCGUGUCCAGCCUCAGCUUCCUGCCCCCAUGUUUUGAGCCCGCGCCAGUCGGAGACAGUUCACCAUGUCCACCGGGUCUCUCAGCGAUGUCGACGACGAGCUCCUGGACGGCAUCCUGAAGUUUGGCUCCUCCGGUAAAGACUCCAACGAGAGCACGGAGGAGAGCUCCAACUGCGAGGGCACUUGCGCAGACGACGCGCCGGGCAAGAAACGGAAGACAGCGUCCAGGAAAACGGCACCCAAGGGUGUGGCACAGCAGGAGGGCAAGCAUGUGCAGAGAAACGCUGCCAACGCCCGGGAGAGAGCCAGGAUGCGCGUCUUGUCCAAAGCCUUCUCCCGGCUGAAGACCACCUUACCCUGGGUACCAGCGGACACUAAGCUCUCCAAACUGGACACACUGCGCCUAGCGUCCAGCUACAUCGCGCACCUCCGGCAGAUACUGGCCAACGACAAAUAUGAAAACGGAUAUAUCCACCCCGUUAACCUGACGUGGCCUUUCAUGGUGGCAGGCAAGCCGGAGAACGAGCUGAAGGAGAUGCUGAACACAACCCGCCUAUGUGGAACAACGGCCUCGUGACGGAACCAAGCGGACGACCUUCGUACGUUUUCAAAAGGAAAUACGAUUUUCCAAGACGAUUU